AUGGGUGUGUCACCCCUGUCGGUGUCUGUUGGCGUCUGUCGGAGCUUCAUGCUGAACUGGCGUCUUGAUUUUAAACUCAUUGCACGUUUGUCUUGCAGUCUGCUUACUGACUGGCGGUUCACCCGUGGGGUGGAGGAACAAACUAAAGCCUUCCUGGACGGCUUCAAUGAGGUUGUGCCUCUGGAGUGGCUGCGUUAUUUUGAUGAGAAAGAGUUGGAGUUGAUGUUAUGCGGGAUGCAGGAAAUCGAUCUGAACGACUGGCAGAAGAACACCAUUUAUCGGCAUUACACCAAAAACAGCAAGCAAAUCCACUGGUUCUGGCAGGUCGUGAAGGAAAUGGACAAUGAGAAGAGAAUUCGGCUUCUGCAGUUCGUCACAGGAACUUGUCGACUGCCGGUUGGAGGUUUCGCAGAACUGAUAGGAAGUAACGGGCCACAAAAAUUUUGCAUAGACAAAGUGGGGAAGGAAACGUGGCUGCCUAGAAGUCACACUUGCUUUAACCGUCUGGAUCUGCCACCCUAUAAGAACAUGGAGCAGCUACGAGAAAAACUUCUGUUUGCUAUCGAGGAAACCGAGGGAUUCGGACAAGAGUGACGAGCAUGGAAAGGACAGGACCAAGAAAAUUAUUAAUCAGUUUCUUGUGACUAGGCCAUUAAUACCACUAAUGUGGACUGAAUGGACAGACUGUUGAAGAGACUUGCUGCAGAUUUACAGUUCAAUUACUAGUUUAUCUAAAAAUGAAAACUCACCCUCACAUCAUUCUGUACACGAAG